AUGUCUGUUAAUGAAGAUGAUUCUUUGCCAAAAGUUGUUUGUUCAAAAUGUUUGCGAACUCUUGAAACCUGCUUUGGAUUUAGACAAGAAUGUGUCCGCUCUGAGUCUAUGCUAUCUACAUAUUUUAAAAAUUUCAGGUAUACAGACGAUUUUAAGAAGUCAGGUAAAGUGUACAUUAAAGACAUAAAAUCAUCGCCAGUUAUACAAUCAGUCCUUGCGCCCAUUCCACCUGUACCAACUACACAUAUUCAGGCUGCACCCCAAAGUAUCGCUGUUAAUAAGACUCAGCAAAAUAUAGAACAAGUACCUUUUUAUACAUUACAACUUCCAGCUAUUGUUUCUAAUCCAAAUAUAGUUAAUAAGGCACAAAAGUGUAUAGAAACCCAGAAAACAACCCAGAACCAAUUCGCUUAUAACCUUAAUCUUCUAAAUACAACUAGUAUCAAAGCUAAUCUACCAAAGACAGAAAUUCUCAGUAAUGUAGUAGUGAAUUCCCAUGGCGAAGUUUUGAAUAUAUCACAUUUGGGCGAAUUUGAAGCUAUUUUAAAUCAAGAAAAUUCCAUGAAAAUAAAAAAUAAGCAAAUAAAACGUAAAGACACUAAUAGUGUUCAAAACACUGUUGUUCAAAUAGAUUUAACUGAGUCUGAUAACUCUGAGUUUGAUACAGAAGCUUCCAAAUUUGAUAAGUUGCCUCACAUAAAAAGCACUCAUAAUCAUGAUAAGUAUUCAUAUCCCAAUAAAAUAGAAGAAAAACCUCCAAACGAGACUGUUAUAUUUCCUAUUUCAGAAUAUAGUCAAUCUUUUAACAAUUUCAAUUCCACUAAUGUAGUAUACUCUCAACCUAAUCUAAGUAUUCUUGAACUAGAACUAUUAGAUGAAGUUGAUGAACCCGAUGAAGAAGAUGACCCCGAUGAAGAAGAUGAGAUGAUGAACCGAUGA